GGGUGUUAACCAGAUUAAAAUGCACGUGGAAGAGAGAAUGAAUUACACAAAGACAGCAGGAAAUUUCUGAAAUUCGGGAGAGGGAAAGCUUGAUCGUCCUAACCGAAUGGCCUCCUUUUGGGGGCAGCAGAAAGUUCUUGAAGUGUUGGCUGUUAGGAAGGGAGGCGAUCUGGGCGAUUCCUCUCCGACCGAUAACACAGUUAGGCAAAUUGGUAGUGGUGUGUGGGGCAGAGGAUUUUGAAUGGAGACCACGAGGGCAGCUGGAAGUCUGACUUUGAGGAAGUGCGACCACCGUCCUUCUCUAAAAUCUGCCGUUCAGGACGAGGAAGCUCAACUCUUGUUUAGAGCUGGCUUCCAAAUAAAUGCUGGGGCUCCCCCCCCCCCCCCCCCCCCAGCAGCCAGCUGCCGCCACAGACCGCCCCUUUAUGCUUAACAUUGGAAUGUUCAUUAAACGACUUCACAUUUGAACAUUUGUUGACUGACUGUUCUUAACAUCCCAUUACUUCCUGCCCAGGCUAACUACAUAACUGAGUUACUGGAAAUCAGGGGCCAGUUUGGUAAUUUUAUGAUCACGUUGAGAAAUAAAAUUACUAAACCUGAAAAGACAGCCGGGGAAGUUAAAUGAGAGAAUUGGUUUGAAUUCCUGGGCUUUUGUUCCGAAGCUUUACCUAAGUUGUUUUUGACCUCCGCAUUCCUUCAAUUCGGGCUGAAGAGCUUCUGUUACCCGGAGUCAGAUGCCAGUUUUUUAAUGGAUUCGUUUGUGUCUUGUGUAUCGUUGUUCAUUAGUUGCCAGCGUUGUCAGGAAACGUUUUGAAUUUAAACUAUGGUUCUGUGGACCGGAGCUAGAGUCCACAUCUGUUUUGUUCUCGAAUCCCAUUAGGAGAACUGCUUGUUUGUUUGUUUGUUUGUUUUUUCUCCUACCUGUGUCCAUCGGGGUGACUUCAACACAGUUCAUUUACACCAGAAGCCGUGUGUUUUGGGUUUUUUUAAAAUCGGUGGCUAAUUUUUUUUUUUCCAGUCCAGCAUACAAAUCUAAGGAACAGUGAUUAUAUACGUAUUAAUUGAAAGGAGAGCUUUUCCCUGAAUUUUGAAAGCAAACAGGUGACUUAAAAGAGCCAGACCUACAACCUUAGUAUUUACUCAACAGAGAUAGGGAGGGGAAUCUUUAAAUGUUGGCUAAAGAAAGAGCGCCUGCCUUAAAAGGCCGUGCCCGUGUUUAUAUUUAAUCUGGUUCGUUAAAUUGGGUAUAAUCAAGAGCACUCACCAUUUGGCCUUGUGGAAAAAGUGGUGUAGGUGUGUGGGGUAGCGUUGUAGGGUUAGGGUUCUAGUUCCUUCCAUACCUAUAUAUGCAGUUAUCUGUGUGUGCAGAUACACAAGCGUUUCCUUUGUGGGGAGCGAGAGAAUAUAGGUAAAGAUAGGUUGGCUUUUUUUUUUUUUUUUAAUUGAAAUCUCUCUUUUUGGUGCAGUUCUGUCUAACAUCUUUCCAAAAGUAGUUAAGGUGUACUACUGGUGAAGUGGCAGGAAUGGAAUCUCACAGAUCGCAAGGCUUCAGCUGAUGGCUGCAUUAAAAUUCUUGUUUUAUCCAUUUCCCUUGUAGUUCUCUUUUUCCCAUCAGGAUGGGAUUUGUCAAAGCCAGUUUACAGACCGCAGGAUCUGUUAAUAUUGAUAAUACCGAAACUAAAACUAGUUAUGUGGCUUCAAGUUCACGUUGAGAUCCUUUAACUGACUUUAAUUGAUUUGGAAUGAAUCAGGCAGAGUUUUUAAUCCUGACACUCAAAUGGACGAAUAUGAUCGUAUAUUUUUAUAGUAUUCUGGUCUCUAAUUGUAUUUAGAACUGGGCCCUUAUUACAGUUUCAGGAAAAUGAGAUGGCCGUAGGAUCUUCCCAGGCUUUGCCUUGGAACCGGCCAAUGGCUUUUUUAUUUUUAAGCCAUUUGCUUUUGACUAGUUUUAGAUUGUGAUGCUGAAUAUAACCUUUUGAAUAUUUUAAUCUUUUCACUGAACUUUUAAACAUCUUUUCACAGCUAUAUUAGGAAAGUUGGGUUGACCAUUCAGCUCAUGGGUGUGACCUUGGUGAUUUCCUUGAAAUAGUGUUGAAGGAUUUAAAGUUACAGGUUUGGACUGUCGCUGUGGCGUGACUAUGUGCAGUUCUCCUCACUUGUCGGAUUAAGGAAAAAACUCUUCUAUGUGUAACGUACAGAAGGAACGUUUACAGAAAAACUGUUAAGUUUCCUGACCAGAUCUUGGAGAUAAUUUCGCCCUUUACAGGAUACAAAUGAAACAGGCCAGAGACUAGCAGUUUGUUUGGGUGAAAUAUUUUAAUGAUCAUAUAUUUGGACACUUCAGUGACUCGGAGGGAAAAAGCAGAAUUGCAGGAAUACUGCAUAUUACUUCGUUAUAAACAGAAUUGUGUGUCUUUGACAGUUUUUGAGGACUUUGAAUUCCUCUUGCUCCAUCAUAGGGUAAUAAAUAUUCCAUAUCAAAAAAUGUAAGAUAACCUGUUUAGCUAAGGUGGAGGCAUGCUGUCUGUAAAGGUUAACAGUGUGAGUACGUUUGUACAUGAAGGACUCUUCCCAAGUCACAGCAAUUGUCAGCAAGGUGGCAUUUCCUUCUAAUUUGUUGUGCUUAAGCACAGAUUAUUGUAUUUUUUUCAUUAAGCAUUGUAUAAUGUGUAAUAUUUGCUAAUUUCAAAAUCUAUAGAUAGUGGCAGAAUCUCCCGAGCUUUACUCCCCAUGGAGCAUCUGCUUUAAAACAAAACAAACAAACAAAAAACAGAAAUGGCCUAAAGAGCAUUAGACUGCUAUUUUAGGCACUUCUAAGCAAUAUGGUUCCUACUGUUUUUCAAAGAUUAUGUUGUUGUAAAUUUUUUUUAAAGUAUCUAAUCACAGUAUAAAGUAAUCACCAGGACUCUUGCGGAAUACGAGGUUAUGCCGGAUAACCUCUUGCCUCGGGUGCCUUGGGGGUGUAUAGCUGAAGGUUAAGUGUAUGGUCUCCCUGAGUAAAGGUUUAAGAACGUUUUUUUAAACACUGACAAACAGUUUUGCAGACUGCCUUUCAGGAAGCCUAGUAUGUUCUGAACACUCAGCUUCUCUGCAAACUAAAAGCAUUUAGAUUCUAGGGGUCGGAUUAAGAUCCUCCCCCUCCUUCCUCCUCCAGUUCUUUGUGAAGACAGACAACUUCCUGGGCCGGCAGUGCCUUGGUGUGCCUGCCGUGGCUUCUGUGUUGCUCCACCUGGAGAACGAGGCUCUAGAAAGGCUGUGUGUGGGUGUGCACUUCACUCGACUGGAAUGGUUGUUAUUAACAGUAAUUAGAUUAGAAUGUGUAUUUUUUGGUAAGUUUUGUUAUUAUUCAAGUAUUAUUGCAGUCACUGUUAAAGAUUGGGGGUUUUGUUUAGCAGAUUGGUUUUAAGUGAUACAGGUAAUUGGUUUAUAGUUUAAGGAAGUGUUUAGUCUGCAAACGGUGUCUUAAGUCAAGAGUCCGAGGCAUUUGUUGUCAGAUUUGCCUAGCUUGUCCUGCACGUCUGUUUUGGUGGGUCAGUAAGGAGCGUAGUUUAAAAUCUGAGUGAUAAGGUUUUGCCUAUGCUGGUCAACUUCAUGGUAGGAUUAAUUAGGAUUCUUGUUUUUUUAUUAUUACACCCUUGAAGCUGCAGAGGAUGGUAAAUUAGAUGGCAGCCACGGAGAGCCGUGUUGAAAGAAGUUCUCAUGAACAUUCGGGUUAAUUUUAAUAUCAGAUCAGUUCAGACUGGCGACUGUGGCCAGAGAUGUGCAUUACUGAUUGUAUACCUGUACUGAUGAUGUUAGUGUUUGUUAAUUUAUUCACCAGGGGUUUAUUGAGGGCCCGACCCCAUGCCAGGGACCCCUUCUAGGCAUGGGGACAUCAUGGUGAACAAGGUCGACGGGGUCUCUGCUCCUGGGCUCUUCAAACAGGUGGCCCAGGGUUUGCAGAUGUUGGCUGAGUAGUAAGGAUUGCCAUGACUCACCGGGAGUCUAGUGCUUAGGACAGUUGGGCACAGUCGAUGGCCAUCACAAUCUGUGCCAGAAGCUUCCCUUGAGGAGGAAGUGCUUCAGGUUUUGCCUGGGAGGUUCUCCUUCCCCAUCUGACCCUCGUAGGAGACUCCUGGAGCUGGGGGGCCUAGGACGUCCUUCCCCUCAUCUCCAGGCCUCUGUUCCGCUCCUACUUUUUUUUUUUCCUUUUUGCACUGUGCCUCCUUUACUGAUCCUCUGGGUCUUGUGUUAGAAGCUGAUGAUGACUUCUUUAACCCAGAUAUUUGAACAUUUCAGAGAUAAAAAUUGAAACUAAACUGAGGCAUUUCCUUCUGGUCACGCCAUUACCCUGGAUUGGAAAUAAUAGGGAUGUUAUGUACCCACACCAUGUUUCUAAUUCAGAGGUUGAGUUUAGGAGUGGUGUCUUUUGGGGAAAGAUUAUUUGUAGGAAACUGGAGUUCCCCCAAACUUAAAAUAUCAGAGAGUAGUACAAUUUCUGACAUACGUACACACACACACACACACACACACACACACACACAGGUCCAACAUAGAGGACUAACUUUGAUUUUGGCAAAUUAGGACAUUAAAAAAAGUACUGAUUGCCAUUGCCACUCUUUCAUUUUAAAAAAGCUAGUUUGCAACCCCCAAAUAGAAAGGACCUCAAAUAGAGGACAGCCUCUAUUCAAAUUGAAAUUAAUCUGUGUCGUUUGUGUAGGACUCACUGAGUUGUUUCUCUGUUUUUCAUCUAGAUGUUGCCAGUGAAGACAGUGUUGUCAGUUUGAUAACUGCUUGUCUAGAGUAUGUACUGUUAUUUCUUCAGUUAAAAUAUUACCUGGUACACCGGCAUUCAGUAAAUACAGACUACAUAGAACCCUAAAUUAUCAGUUACGUUUUUCAAAUAUCACUUAAUAUCUUGAUUGGGAAAGCAUCAAAUAUUCUUUGGUGUCUGUCUAUCCAUACAUGUAGCUCUGCCCCUGGAACCCUAGACAUUGGGAACUCUUAAGGGUGAUCCUGUAAUUUAACCGCCUGCAGUAGGUAGAUGAAGGUGAGGUAGGUAGGUGGUGGUGACAACUUUAAGGUUGUGACUUAGCCAGAACUAGAACUCGGGCCUUUGGAGUGUUCUGUUAAAGCCCACCAAGCUGGUAGCCAGCCCAAGAGUUUUAUCCUCCAUUGUGAUCACAACAAAGGACUCAGAAAUUAAGAUAAAACACUUCAGUACCUUCUUUCUUUUCCCUAAUCUUUGAUCUGCAGCCUUAUUUAGAAAAGCUUCAUGUUAAAGAUCUAGUGUAUUCAAAACUAAAGAUAGCAAAGAGCAUGAGAAUUUUCUUCUAUUAUGAGUAUAAAGAAGGGGAAGAAAUGUUUCCUUGUCUUCUCUGAGCCUAGAGGCCCUUGCUCUUUGAGGAAGUGGAGAGAAGGAAAGUCAAGUCAAGGUGGUGGGAGUAGUUUGCAAGUCUUUUUGUUCUGUUGGGUGGAAUUAACAGACUUCAGGUUAAGUAGCUGAGUCUAUUUAGAAACAAUUCUGUGCUUGCCAGAAAGGUGGAGGGGAGGGUGUUGGGUUUGGAGGUUAAUUCUUCUCCAAGAAUGAAAAUUGGCUUCUAAAUCUGAGCCUGCAGAGCCACAUAAAGUAAUCAUGCAUUUUUCACCUGGCCAGUGCAUAAUGGGAAGGGUGGGUUAAAAGUGGGAGGACCCGUUUUCUGAUGAAAGACUGAGCCAUGUUGACCCUGCCGUGUGGAGGAUUUUCAAGUGUACCCUCACCGAGUAGCCUGGUGCGUGUGUUUCCUUGUUUGUUGUGUGCACAAGGGAGCCCUACCCUGACUUUGUUGAAGGCAGUUUCUGCCUUCUGAAAAAGCAGCUGGGAUUUGGGCCGUGGGUUGAGGGCUAGAAUAUCCUGUGAACCAAAAUGAUUCAGGUUCCCCUUGGCCACGAUGAGCCUCAUUCUGAGGUGUUCUGUAGUUUUUGAAUGUGGAUUUUAGGAAAGGUUCCUGUUCUCGUGUGUGUUGUUGGCCUGUGCGUGUGUGAUCUUCGAGGGUGCUGUUCGGCAUUUGUGUCUCUGGACUGUAUAGAAGACAGUUUGAAGUUCGGGCUUUAAACGUUUCAUUUAGAGAGGGCCUUACUUGGCAUUCUUCACAGUUGGUAUCCUCUCUAGAUUUGCAGGGGCUCUUUGUAAGGACACAUAUUGCAUUGCAGUGGCAUUUAAACUGCAUUCAGCUGAAUUUAACCGUUUCUGUCCUGAAUCUUAAAGUUUAGACUUCAAUCAUUAGAGCACCACGUUUUCAGUUUCUUCCCUGGAUGAAAAUCCAGCGAUUUGGUUUUGGAAAUCCCUGGUCUCCAGGUUGCUGGGAUUGACUUCUUGCUCAAUUGAAUCACUCACUCAAUGGAGACAAAGAGAAUGAACGCUCCGUGCUGACUCAUAUUUGAAUCAAAGCGCUGGGGAGUCUGUCUGCCUUGUUUGUGCAAAGAACCAGUGGUUGGCUCUGCCACCGAGCUUCCUAAGACUUUUGAAGAUAAGAAGCUACGGGAAUAUAUACUUUGCUUUUGAACUUUUGUAACCAAUACUCGUUCUCGUUUUAAGUCCAGGGCUGCUGGGGGCGUGAGUGACAAGUCUUACAAGUGGCCUUAUUCCAGUUCCAGAAAUCCCUCCACCGGAUUCUUAUUUUGUAUACAAUCCUAAAGUGCCAGGAAACAUGCCCACUCAGUCCCUGCUGGUGUAUAUGGAUGGACCAGAAGUUAUUGGCAAUUCUCUUGGUACCCAGAUGGAGAUAGAUGAUGCCGUGUCCAUAAAAGGGACCACCGCCGUUCCUUUCCGAGCUACGCAAGAGAAAAAUAUAAUCCAGAUCGAAGGAUAUAUGCCCUUGGACUGCAUGUUCUGCAAUCAGACCUUCACGCAUUCAGAAGACCUUAAUAAACAUGUCCUGAUGCAACAUCGGCCUAUCCUUUGCGAGCCGGCCGUUUUGCGUGUGGAAGCGGAGUACCUGAGUCCUCUGGACAAGACUCAGGUGAGAACGGAGCCUCCAAAGGACAAGAACUGCAAAGAAAACGAAGAGUUCAGCUGUGAAGUGUGCGGGCAGACGUUCAGAGUCGCUUUCGACGUCGAGAUCCACAUGAAGAAGCAUAAGGACUCCUUCACUUACGGCUGUCAUGUGUGCGGACGGAGGUUCAAGGAGCCCUGGUUCCUUAAGAACCACAUGCGGACACACACCGGCAAAGCGGGGGCCAAGAGCAAACUGCAGCCGGGCGCCGAGAGCCCCGCCACCAUCAACGAGGUGGUUCAGGAGCACGUGGCCGAGAGCAUCUCCUCUCCUUACAAAAUCUGCAUGGUUUGUGGCUUCCUGUUUCCAAAUAAGGAAAGUCUGAUCGAUCACAGGAAGAUGCACACCAAAGACACUGCUUCCGGCAGCGGAGGCACACAGACAGACUCUCCGCAGGGGGGGAUGCCAGCUCCGGGGGAAGAGUUCCUGCAGUUCUUGAACUUGAGGCCCAAAUCGCACCCCGAGACCGGGAAGAAGCCCACCAAAUGGAUACCUCAGCUCGAUCCGUUCACCACCUAUCAGGCCUGGCAGCUGGCCACCAAAGGAAAAGUCGCCGUCUGCCGAGAAGUGAAGGAGCAGCCGGGGCAGGAGGGCAGCACCGACAACGAUGAUUCGUGUUCCGAAAAAGAAGAGCUCGGAGAAAUUUGGAACGCCGGAAAAAGCCAUUCCGAAGGUUCUGGAAAGCCCAAGCCCAGCAAAAGCGGCUGCGCGGGCCUCUCCCAGGACAAGGAGAAGCCCAGACCCUCUGGCGGUGAAGUGCCUUCCGUGGAAGCCGACCCAAAGCUGUCCGGGAACAAAGAGAAGCCGACGCACUGCUCGGAGUGUGGCAAAGCCUUCCGGACCUACCACCAGCUGGUCUUGCACUCGAGGGUCCACAAGAAGGAUCGGAGGGCCGACGCCGAAUCGCCAACCAUGUCCGUGGACGGAAGGCAGCCUAGGACGUGUUCUCCGGACCUAACCACCGCCCUGGAUGAGAAUGGAGCCGUCGAUCGAGAAGGCGGUUCUGAAGAUGGGUCUGAGGACGGACUUCCGGAAGGGCUCCAUUUGGAUAAAAAUGAUGAUGGAGGAAAAAUAAAGCAUCUUACGUCCUCAAGAGAAUGUAGUUACUGUGGGAAGUUUUUCCGUUCAAAUUAUUACCUCAAUAUUCAUCUCAGAACGCACACAGGUGAAAAACCAUACAAAUGUGAAUUCUGUGACUAUGCUGCAGCCCAGAAGACCUCUCUGCGGUAUCACCUGGAGAGACAUCACAAGGACAAACAGAUCGAUAUGGCUGCGGAAGUCAAGAACGACGGGAAAAACCAGGAGCCCGAAGAUGCACUACUUACCCCCGACAGUGCGCAAACCAAAAAUUUGAAAAGAUUUUUUGAUGGUGCCAAAGAUGUUAAAGGCAGCCCACCUGCAAAGCAACUUAAGGGGAUGGCCUCUGCCUUUCCGAAUGUUCUGGGCAGCACUGUCCUCUCACCAGUUCACAAAGAUACUCAGGAUUUCAAUAAAAAUGCAACCGAUGACAGUACUGAUAGAGUCUGCAAAACUCCUGCCCCCGCCUAUUUGGAUGCGUUACCCAAGAGAGCGGCGGGUGACCCUCAGGCGCAGGAACCCACGUGUAGAACAGAGGUGGGGGUCCCCGGAGGUGCGGCCCAUGCGGCCGAGGUCGGUCACCGGGAGAAGCACGCGGGGACGGCGACGGCAGCCGAGGGCAAGCACAAGGCCAGCGCGGACUGCCAGGAGAAGCCUCUGAACCUGUCCCUCGGGGCGCUUCACGGCUGCCCGGCCAUUUCUCUGAGCAAAAGUUUAAUCCCAGGGAUCACCUGCCCAUUUUGUACCUUCAAGACCUUUUAUCCCGAGGUUUUGAUGAUGCACCAGCGACUGGAGCAUAAGUACAACCCCGACAUCCACAAAAACUGCAGGAGCAAGUCUCUGCUGCGAAGCCGGCGCACCGGCUGCCCGCCCGCCCUGCUGGGGAAGGAUGUGGCCCCGCUGGCGCACUUCCCCAAGCCCAAGGCCAGGCCCGCGCCCGCGCCGCCCGCCAAGGCCGCGCCGGCCGACCGGGACCGGGACCGCGACCGCGACCGGGGGAAGCCGGGCCCCGCCGCGCCCGCCAGGCCCCCGCCGCCCCCGGGGCUCGACCCCAGCACUUUAGCGCCCAGCAACCUGAAGGCGCCGCGGCCGCCGCACCAGCCGCAGCCGCAGCCCGGCGGGGCCCAGGGGGUCACCCGGCCGCCGGCCGACGCCGCCAACCCAGAGAGGGGCCGGAGGCCCGAGGCCAAGGCCAGGGCACCCGCCGGCCCUGCCCCGCCCGGUCCUGCCGCCGCCGCCGCCGCCAACGGCUGUGCGGAGCGUCCCUGGGCGCCGCGGGGCCGCGACCCCCCGAGCGGCCGCCCCGCCGAGCCCGGAGAGCCGCUGCCCAAGCGGCCGCGGCCAGACGCCGAGCCGCCCGCGCCCACCUUCCGCCGGGCCUUCGAGCUGCCCAAGUACCACGUGGUGCGCGGCCUGCAGUCGCUGCUGCCCGCCGAGUGCGUGUGCCCGCCGCCCGCCGCGCUGCCGCCCAAGCCGCGCGCCGCACCCGCGCCGCUCUUCGCCUGCGGGCCCGCCGCCGAAGGAAAAAGGCCUGUGUCAUAUCAACACUUAUCUAGCAGCAUGCUACAGAAGAGAAACUAUGAGAAUUUUAUUGGGAAUGCACAUUAUCGACCAAAUGAUAAAAAAACUUGAUUUCCUGUUUCGGGUAGGAAAGGACCCGAUGGAUGUGUGUUCUGUCCAUGAAAUUGAGUGAGUCCAUCCUUUGAGAAGGCAGAUGGCGGAAGCUCGUGAAAUAAGCUGUGACCGUGCCGUGCAUGUAACAUACCAGGAACACUACGGUUUUGUAAAGUUGUUCUGUUAACUUUUGUACCAAAUAGCAAUAAAAACCAUAGUUGGAACAGUUGGGUUGUACACAAAUGGAGACUGCAAAUCUCUAUUUUGUCCCUGAAUAAUAUUUUUUUUAGAGUUGACCAAAUAAGGAGUCUUUUGCAUACUUGAGCGCUGCUGAACACAAACCAUCCGGGUGGGGGGGGCGGGGGGGGGAGAGUCUAUAACGAACGCUUGCACCUCAGGUAACUCUGUACAUACGUAAGUUCGAAACCUGCUCGUUCAGAUACUGUGCGUCCCCUUUCUCUCUCCUGUAGCUCAUCCCCAUGAGCAGCUCCUGCUGUUUGUGUUCUUUCAUGGAAAAUGUAUGUUUAAAAAAAAAAAUUCCCGAUGAUUUGUAUUAUGUUAAUCCUCCUCAGUGCGUCGUCUUAACAAAAUUGUGAACGGAAGUAUCGACCCUCUGUGACUAUGUGCUGCAUAUACUGAGGUCAGCCAUUCUGAAUUCGGUGCCCUUUCAUUGCAAGUGUCAGUCUGUCAACUGAGGAAGAGUCCUGAUCUGCGACCCUUUUCUGAGAGCAGCCUGUGCCCCGUAGGGUUUUUAAGCGGGCGUGUCUACAGAGAAGUGCGUCUGUCCUCUUCAGGACAGCCCCAUAUCCAGUAAACAUACCAAAUUCUAUGUGGAGUUACUUACUUUCUAUCAAGUUUGUCACUUUUGUUGGAAAAUUCAGGGUUUUUUUGGCCUUCGCAUAAAUUGGUAUGUAAAAAACCUGAAAUGCUGAAUUACACACGUGAAUUUCAUAUAUUGGGAGCGGUUUUAAAGGACGUGAAAGCGUUUGGGUAAAUUUUAGGUUUGUAUCUGGAAGUCCUGGUGUGCCUGGCCUUUGGGUUAACCGUGGACGUACACGAGUUAAUUGUAGACACGUUGAUUCUGAAUAAGGAACUGCCUGCCGAGCCUUCUGGUAAUGGGGAGGGUGCGAUCUGGUUCUUGACCUCAGUUGUCUUCCCAUUUUUGGUUGUGUUGAGCAACCAGAUGUAGUUUGGGUUUUAAAGUGAGGAUGGCCACCAGCUGGCUUACUACUAGAGUGUUUUAUUCGUUCCCUUCCACAUGCUGUCCGUGGCUGAGUUUAUUCAGCAGUACGUGGGUUUAGCAACCAGAAGAUAUUUUAUUAAGAAAACUGUUUCAAAAAUAAAUUUGCACUGUUAAGUUUUCUUGCCCUGCCCUUCUGCGUUAGAGCGAGAGUAAAGUCCUACAAGAAUCCUGAUUUUUUUUUUUUGUUUUGUUUUCAUUAUGCAACACGAAGCGUACUUGACCGAGAAGUCUUAACUCCCGUGGGAAAGGGAGACCUGAUUGGUCUGUUGGCCUUGUAGUGAAGUGCUUUGUAUCAGGAGAGACUAGUACACUAUCCACCAUUUUUCCUGUUCACAAGCUGAGCCAUAUGUACAUAAUCUAGAUUUUUGUUUUCAUAGUUUUGCACUUUUAUAGCCUAUUUUUGAAGAUUUAACACAUUUGCAAGAUGAUUGACUUGAUCUUUGCCUAAUCCAAUGAGUGUUACAGAAAGCUCGCUGUGACUAUAAAUGUAAAUCUUUAAAAGGGGAUACGAGAUAAUAGAGGGCUGAAAUUUAAACCUGUAUUUAAAAAAAAAAAAUCACCAAAUCUAUUUGAAAACAAGUCAAUUCAUGUCAUGCUGAAAUUUGGGGGGCUUUCAGAUUUCUCUUUUCUAACCACAUUUCUCAAUUUCUGAAUACAUAAAAAUGUCCUUUUUUCCACAGCCCUUGUCCUCCAAUUUUUUUUUUUUUUUUUGUCCAUCAGUAUUAACUAUUGGGAUACUACUGGUUUUGUAUGUUUUUUUUUUUCCUUUGAGACAACAGUACAUAUAAUAGAGGUACAAUCCGUUGGAUUUUUGUUUAUGUAUUUAUUUCAUUCCAGUUUGAUUUAUUUUAAUUGUUGAUACUUGUCAAACAGUAGACAUUACUUGUUUUAUUUAUGAUAUAUUUCAGCUUAAAGUUAUGUUAUUAUAUGUGGAUGUAAAUAUAGAUUUGGUGUUUUGCA